CCCGCCGGCGGCCGGACGAGCGGCUUUUCCCCCGGGGCUUCGUGGAGUUUGUUUGGGGAAAGCUCGGAGCAAAGCACGGCCGGAUCAGAGGCUAAAAAUGGCACUUGGACACUAUGAAACCAAUGAGGUUCUGAGAGCUAGUGCUGAACAGGAGCAUGCCCAUGUUGGUGAUGGAGCAUCAGGAUCCAGGAUGAUGGACCAAAGCCUGUCAGCUCUAUUCACAGAGUAUGGUAAACGCGUGGCUGAAAUGAAAGAGCAGCUGCAGCUUUAUCAGGCACAAAUGGGUGAGAUGACGCUAAAAUUGGAAGAAGUCACCGAGGAAAAUGAAAGGCUGCAUGCAGAGUUGAAAGAGCCUCUUGAGAAGCAACUGGAGGCUCUUCCUUUCGUGCAUCUGGAAACUGAUAUUCCUGCAGAUGAAGGCACAGUGAGAGCCCUUCAAGAGCAACUACAGCUGGAAAAGCAAGAAAAAGACCAAGCAGUUGAGCGCUGGCAGAUGUUGUCACUGGAGCACGAUCGACUUCAGCAGCAGUACCAGGAGUGCCUGACUAAAACACAGAUUCUCAUGAGUGAGAGGAAAAAGCAGAAUGAUCAACUGACUAGCUUUCAGCAGCUGACUCGCCAGCUGCACAUGGCCAAGGAGAAAAUAGAAUUGACCAAUCAGCAGUUUCUGAAAACUGUGACAGAACAAGAUGUGGAUCUAGAGAAGCUACGAAAGCAACUGAGGCAAGCCAAAAGAGAUGCACAGGUAGCAAAUGCGAAGCUUGAAGAAAUAAUGGCAUUGAAAGAGAAGCUUCACAGCCAGUUGGAGAGAAAGGAAGAAGACAGGAUAUCUGCCCAGGAGAGAGAAACAGCAUCUGACAAACGCUUGCAGCAAAUGCAGUCUAGUAUAAAACAGUUGGAAAUAAGAUUGUGUGUGACUGUUAAAGAUGCUGAACAACUGAGAACAGAAAAAGUAGCCCUGGAGGAACAGAUUAGAGAGCUUCAGGCCAAGUCUGCCAGUCUAGAAAGUGAGACAUAUGAUGCUGUUGCAAAAGUCCAAGAUUGCAUACAGCUCUUGGAAGAAGCUAACCUAGAGAAAAGUCAGGCACUCUUUGGGGAGAAACAAAAGGAAGAAGAGAUCAAAAAACUGCAGGAUGAAAUGUCUCAACUUGCAGAAAAUACUGCUGCAAGAAUUAGAAAGGAAGUAGACACUGCAAAGAAGCAAUGUAACAUGCAGGUUUCUCGGCUAACAGAAGAAAUUUCAGCUCUUCAGAUGGAAUGUGGAGAAAAACAGAGUCAAAUUGAACGAGCCAUUAGAGAAAAGAGAGCAGUGGAAGAAGAACUUGAAAAGAUUUACAGGGAACAAAGAGGACAUGAAUCUGACAGUAGAAAGCUCGAGCAACUGCAUCAGAAGUAUUUACUUGCAGAAGCUGCCAAAGAUGACCUUCAGCGGAGUCUACAGAUGACACAAAAUAAACUGAAACAACUGGAAAUGAACUCUGAGGAAGAGAAAUCUCGUUACCAGGAAGUUAUCUGUAAAUUGCAAAGCACUCUGGAUUCAGAAAGAGAAAAGAGUGCCUUUGUCAGUGAACAAAGACUAAAACUUCAGCAAGAGAAUGAACAAUUGCAAAAUGAAAUGGAUGGUUUGAGAAAACUGGCAGUAGAGGCUCAACAAAAAGCUAAAAUAAAGAUAAGUACAAUGGAGCAUGAGCAUGCAGUGAAAGAGCAUGGCUAUGAAGCUCGACUCAAGGAGAUGGAAGACACCAGUCACAAGUCCACUGCUGAGCUCAGACGUCUCUUAGUAGCUCAGCAAAGAGCAACAAACCGGUGGAAAGAAGAAACAAAGAACCUCACUGAAACUGCAGAAGCCAGGAUCAGCAAGCUGAAAAGUGAGCUGCAUCAACAAAAACUCCGUAGCCAGGAGCUCAUUUCCCAGCUGGAAAUAGCAAAUGAGAAGGUAACUGAGGAUGAGACGCUGAUGAUGGAAUAUCGGGAAUACCUACAAAGAAUUAUUAAGAAGCUAUCAUCUGUUUGUGUUUCAUUACAGCUCAGCUUGAUAUCUGCACAGAAUAAAAAAGCUGUUUCCCUGAAGGAUCUGGAAAAUAUUUAAACACAUGUUUUUAUCAUUCACCACAUUGGGAGUUAGGAGGGUUGCUGGAGAAACUUCAUAUUGGAGCACUACAGUCAAAAGCACAGAAAAGCUUGUAAAACUUUAAACAAAUUCUGGUUUGUUCCAGUAAGAAAUGGAGGGGAUGAAGGUCCUGUCUCUGUAUGCACAAUAAAGAUUGGAAGAAGACUGCAAAA